GCUGGCAGUUGUAACCGGACUCCUGGACGUGACGUUCGCGGACAUGAUUGGUGGCGGAGUCCUCUAUAUAUCCGCCAGGCUUCACUCCCACCUUCUCGCCAGUGGAAUUUCAGUUCCUGCACCUUCAGGGCAGACGAACACAUCAAAUAAGAAAAAAAGCUGGCAGGCUGACGGGAACUUGCAAUUUUACAGGACGGAUUAUCUGGUAACUGACCAUUUAGCUGUGGAACGCUCGGACUCUGUGUUUGACGUGGGAUCCUAACCAUGAGCUCAGUCGCUGUACUUACGCAGGAAAGCUUCAUUGAGCACCGCAGUGGGCUUUUGCCAGAGCAGAGUGGUGCUGCUGGAGGCCCCAGUGGUGAAGAUGAGGAAGACCUUCCUACCUACAAGGAUGCCUUCCCACCUCUUCCUGAGAAAGCGGCCACACCUGAGGGGACGCAGGAAACCGCCAACGCGUGGACAUCAAAGAUUCGCCCUCUGAAGUCCUCCAUUAUCACCCAGGUUUUCCAUGUGCCGCUGGAGGAGCGCAAGUACAAGGACAUCAACCAGUUUGGAGAAGGAGACCAGGCCAAGGUCUGUGUGGACAUCAUGCACAAGACUGGAGCCCACCUGGAGCUCUCCUUGGCUAAAGACCAGGGCCUCUCCAUCAUGGUUUCUGGGAAGCUGGAGGCCGUGAUGAAGGCCCGUAAGGAGAUCGUGUCCCGACUGCAGACUCAGGCUUCAGCUACUGUCGCCAUCCCCAAGGAACACCAUCGUUUUGUCAUCGGCAAAAACGGGGAGAAGCUUCAGGAGCUUGAACUCAAGACCGCCACCAAAAUCCAGAUCCCACGACCCGACGACCUCAGCAACCAGAUCAAGAUCUCUGGGACGAAGGAGGGUCUCGAAAAGGCAAAGCAUGAGAUCCUGUUGAUCUCUGCCGAGCAGGACAAGCGUGCUGUGGAGAGGGUGAACAUCGAUAAGGUCUACCAUCCCUUUAUCACCGGGGCCUACAACAAGGUAGUGGCAGAGAUGACGCAGGAAACAGGCGCUCGUAUCAACGUCCCCCCUCCCAGCGUGAAUAAGACCGAGAUCGUCAUCACUGGGGAGAAGGAGCAGGUGGCCCUUGCUGUGGCUUUGAUCAAGAAGAUUUACGAGGAGAAGAGGAAGAACACGACCACGAUAGCGGUGGAGGUGAAGAAGUCGCAGCACAAGUACGUAGUCGGCCCCAAGGGAAACACCCUGCAGGAGAUCCUGGAUAAAACUGGAGUCUCGGUUGAGAUCCCACCUUCUGACAACAGCUCAGAAACAGUCAUCCUUCGUGGGGAGCCUGACCGCCUGGGGCAGGCCCUCACUGAAGUUUACGCCAAGGCAAACAGUUACACUGUUUCCUCGGUGUCGGCUCCUUCUUGGCUUCAUCGUUUCAUUAUUGGCAAAAAGGGACAGAACUUGGCUAAGAUCACCCAACAGAUGCCCAAGGUGCACAUUGAGUUCACUGAGGGCGAAGAUAAAAUCACCUUGGAAGGACCAACCAAAGACGUGCAAAUGGUGCAGGGUCAGAUUGAAGCCAUUGUUACGGACUUGGUAAGUCGAAUGGACUAUGCGGAGAUCUCUGUGGAUCCUAAAUUCCAUCGUCACCUGAUUGGAAAAGGCGGCGUCAACAUCAACCGCAUCAAAGAGCUGCACAAGGUGACUGUCCGCAUCCCUCCUGACAACGAGAAGAGCAACCUGAUCCGUAUAGAGGGGGAUCCCCAGGGUGUCCAGGAAGCCAAGAAGGAGCUGCUAGAGCUGGCGUCACGCAUGGAGAACGAGCGUACAAAGGACCUGAUCAUCGAACAGCGUUUUCAUAGAGCCAUCAUUGGCCAAAAAGGGGAGAAGAUAAAGGAAGUGCGGGAUAAAUUUCCAGAGGUCAUUAUCAACUUCCCUGACCCAGCACAGAAGAGUGACAUCGUUCAACUCAGAGGGCCGCGGAACGAGGUUGAGAAAUGCUCCAAGUUCAUGGGCAAGAUGGUGGCUGAAAUGGUGGAGAACAGCUACUCUCUCUCCGUCCCCAUCUUCAAGCAGUUUCACAGGAACAUCAUUGGAAAAGGAGGGUCCAACAUCAAGAAGAUUCGAGAGGAAACCAACACCAAAAUCGACCUGCCUGCAGAAAACAGCAACUCUGAGAUGAUCGUCAUCACUGGGAAGAAGGCGAACUGCGAAGCUGCAAAGAACCGCAUUCUGGCGAUUCAGAAAGAGCUGGCCAACAUCACAGAGAUGGAUGUGUCCAUCCCCUCAAAGCUGCACAACUCCCUGAUUGGUUCAAAGGGCCGUCUGGUGCGCUCCAUCAUGGAGGAGUGUGACGGCGUGCACAUCCACUUUCCUUCUGAGGGAUCAGGGAUAGAUAAAGUCACCAUCCGGGGGCCUGUGGAGGAGGUGGAGAAAGCAAAGCAGCAGCUGCUUGCUUUGGCAGAGGAAAAGCAAAUAAAGAGUUUCACUGUCGAGCUGCACGCAAAGCCAGAAUACCACAAGUUUCUGAUUGGAAAAGGGGGCGGAAACAUCCGCAAGGUGCGUGACAGCACCGGAGCCAGAAUCAUCUUCCCCACCUCUGAGGACAAAGACCAAGAAGUCAUCACUGUGGUCGGCACAGAGGAGGCGGUGCGGACGGCCCAGAAGGAGCUGGAGGAGCUGAUCAAGGGUUUGGACAACGUGGUGGAGGACACGAUGAGUGUGGACCCAAAGCAUCAUCGCUACUUUGUGGCGCGCCGGGGUCAGGUCCUCAGGGACCUGGCUGAUGAGUACGGAGGGGUCAUGGUGAGCUUCCCUCGUACCGGCUCUCAGAGCGAGAAGGUCACCCUCAAAGGAGCCAAAGAAUGUGUGGAAGCAGCCAAGAAGCGCAUGCUGGAGAUAGUCGAGGACUUGGAUGCCCAGGUGACUGUUGAGUGCGUCAUCCCUCAGAAGUUCCACCGUUCUAUCAUGGGUCCCAAGGGAUCAAGGAUCCAGCAGAUCACCAGAGAUCAUAACGUGCAGAUAAAGUUUCCAGAACGUGAGGAUCCACAAGCAGCGCCUCCUGCUGAAGCUCCUGUCCAGGAGAACGGAGAAGCUGACGGCGAAGCGAAGGAACCGGUCGACCCCAAUGCUCCCAAAAAGUGUGAUGUGAUUUUGAUUUCUGGACGCAAAGAGCGCUGCGAGUCGGCUGUGGAGGCGCUAAAGGCCCUGGUUCCCGUCACCAUCGAGGUGGAAGUGCCUUUUGAGCUUCAUCGAUACAUCAUUGGACAGAAAGGAAGUGGAAUCCGUAAAAUGAUGGAUGAAUUUGAGGUGAACAUUCAAGUGCCUCCUCCUGACCAGCAGUGUGAUAAAAUAGCCAUCACCGGCUUGGCCUCUCACCUUGACCGCGCCAAAGAGGGCCUCCUGGAGCGAGUCAAGGAGCUGCAGGCUGAGCAGGAGGAUCGGGCACUCAAGAGCUUCAAGCUGACCAUCACUGUGGACCCAAAGCAUCACCCAAAAAUCAUCGGGCGCAAAGGCGCCGUCAUUACAAACAUCCGCACUAUGCAUGAUGUCAACAUCCAGUUCCCAGAGAAGAAUGAUGAAAACCAGGAUCAGAUCACCAUUACAGGGUAUGAGCAAAAUGCCAUCGCUGCACGAGAUGCCAUCCAAAAUAUUGUGGGAGAGCUGGAAGAGAUGAUCACUGAGGAAAUCACCCUGGACAGCAGGGUUCAUGCUCGCAUUAUUGGAGCUCGGGGAAAAGGCAUCCGCAAGAUCAUGGAUGAGUUUAAGAUUGAUCUCAGGUUUCCACAGAGCGGAGCUGCAGACCCGAACAUUGUGGCGGUGAUCGGUCGCCCUGAACAUGUGGAUGAAGCCAUAGAUCAUCUCCUGAACCUGGAAGAGGAAUAUUUGUCAGACGUUGUGGAAAAUGAGGCGAAGAUGGCGUACAUGAGGCCACCGGGCGGCAGCGUCGCUGCUGUGGACGAGCAGCGCGGUCAGUCCAAAGGUUUCGUGGUGAGGGAGGCCCCCUGGGCCAGCAACAGCGAGAAGGCCCCGGACAUGAGCAGCUCUGAGGAUUUCCCAAGCUUUGGAGCCCCAGUCCAGGCCAAGGCUUCCCCCUGGGGGCCCAAACGCUUUUAAAGCCGUUUCUGCUGCCGAUCAAAAUAAUAAUGUAACAAAUCUUCCCCGUCUGCAUCCCCCUCCUUACCCUCUAGACCUGGACUGCCCGCUGACCCUCCAGAAAAUCGUCCUCCAUCAUGAUCUACCCUUUAGGGUCACCAGUCCAAACAGAAAGAGCUUUCAGAUCCUGUAAUUCAUUGAGCUUCGUAUCUGCGUCACUCGCCUUCGCCUCGCCGUUCCGUCUAAAAAAACAAAGACUGAAGUUUUAAAUGUUUAGACCAGACAAAUCAUCAUGGUUUGAAACUGUUAUACCAAAUAGUGGUGACCAGACAUCACUACGUUUUACGUGAGCUGCCCUGAUCUUAGUUGCCUUUGCAGGAAUGAGGGUGGGGGGGCUUGAAUCGGUGCUGUUCAGGCUCAUCAGAUGAAGGUUUCCACCCUCUUCCUGCUUCAUCCAUGUAGCUGAGUGGAAUCACCUAAUUUUUUUUCUAGUCUUCUGUUCCCAAGCAAACUAUAGUGGUUGUCUAACCGUGUCCUUCCAUGUGCUCGUACCUGUGCUGCUGUGCAGAUGAUCAAACUUUAGCUCCCACCUUUGUAGCCUUAUGAAUGGGUGAGCUUUGAUGGGAGGGGUGGGUGGGGGUGGGGGGUUUUAGGAGUGGGGGUUUGCUUUCAGCCACUGCAGAAUGGCACCAACUCAAACUGCCAGAUGCUUGGAGAUCAUGCCACACUUUAAAACUUUGUACAACACUAGGCUAGAGCUCCGGCGCAUCAAACCUCACACUAACCGCUAACUAGACUCGUUGCAUUUCAAAGUGAAAUCACUCUAGGAAAGAAAGAAAGAGGACCACCAUGUGCCAACUUCCUUACACGUCCUGUUGAUUCGCCCUCUGUAGUGGGUCAGUGUCCAGUCCCUUUGUCUUCCCGUUGCUAUGCAGAAUCCUCUGUUCAGUAGCAAUGAUCCCUUUUAUUUUCUUUUAAUUUUUCUUUUUUUUUUUUUUUUUUUUAUUUGAGCCUUACAACUAGAAAGAUACAAACCAGGUAGAGAUGAGUUGCUUUCUGUAGACGACUGCAAAAUGUUUCUCCGUUCUGUUAAAACAUCGGAACCAUUUUCUGCCCAGUUGUGUCGUUUGACUUGGAGUGUUAAGUGUUAACCUCUAGCAUCUGCCUACCCUGGUUUAUAUCCUCCUAGUAUCGAACGAAAGAUUAUGCAAAUAUGAUGAAGUGAACGGUUAUGGGCGACACUGGAAAAAAAUGUCCAAAAGCCAAUAAAAAAAAUUGAAAACA